AGGUCCUUCUAGUCCUGCUCCUAACCUGACUUUUUUGUAUUUAUUUUCUCAUCAUUUUUGUAGAAGCGCCAGGUUUUUUUUUUUUUUCGUAUUGCAAUUUGUUUUUACUCCUUUAUUAUGCCGUCACACGCAAGGUUUGAUGAUCUGGAGGAAGAUUAUGAUUCUUCUGAUUCAGAAGAUGAGAGGAAACUUGAAAAGUACAAAAACAGUAAGCAGGAAGAUUCAGACAGUGAGGUUGAAGUUUUGGGUGUGGGUUCGGAAGGGGAAUCGAGUGAUAUAGCCUCGGAUAUAGCCCUAAGCGAUGUCGAGGGCCAAGAAGACGACGAUGACAUCCCAGAUGCCAGAGCUUGGGGCAAAGAAAAAAAGAAAUAUUACGGAGCAGAUUACGUGGAUCCAGAUUAUGGUGGAUUCCAAGGAAAAGAUGGCCACGCAGCGGAAAUCGAAGAACAAGAAACUAAAACUUUGCAGAAUCAGUUGAUGCAACAACUGGACGAUAAUGAUUUUAGUUUGGAUGUUAUUUUUAAAAAGAAGCCAGACAAGGAAGAAGUAAAAGAACAAACGGAGGAGUUAAUUAAAACAGAUUUAACCAAACUGACUAAUAAGCAGAAAAUUCAAAUGUUACAAAAGGAAUCACCGGAGUUUUUUAGUCUUGUGGAUGAUUUUAAAGUUAAAAUGGCUUUUGCAAAAGAUUACUUAAAUCCGAUUAUUCAAAAAGUAAAAAAUGGAGAAAUUGAACAUUGCAAGGCAGUUGAUUGUGUACAAACUCAUUACAAACUUAUUUUGAAUUAUGCCACCAACAUUAAUAUGUAUUUAUUGCUUAAAGGCAAUAAUAAAUUGAAAAAUCAUCCAAUAAUUCAAAGAUUGUACCAAUAUAGGCAAUUAUUAAGCCAAAUAGAACCUGUAUUCGAGGAAAUUAUUAAACCGCAAAUUGAGCUAUUGCUUGCUAAAAAAGAAGUUGAGGAAAAAACUCUCAAACUACUGAGUCAGCUUCAAAAUACUAAAAAGACAAAAUCCAAAUCAGUCAGUGGUCGUCCAAGUAAAAAAAUCAAGUUGGACGAAAAUCUUAUGACCAAAAAAGUUACGUUUGAAUCGAAUAGUUCAGGUGAAGAUGACAAGGAAGUGCCUGAAGAGAUUGAAGGUGAUAACGAAGAAACCGAACCAAGUAAACGUGCAAUUACGUACCAAAUUGCUAAAAACAAAGGGCUCACUCCGCAUAGAAAGAAGGAACUUAGAAAUCCAAGAGUGAAGCACAAACUCAAGUUCAGGAAAGCCCUGAUUCGCAGAAAAGGUGCCGUACGUGAACCAAGAAAAGAACUUUCCAGGUACAGCGGGGAAAUAUCAGGUAUCAAAGCCUCUGUGUCCAAGAGUAUCAAAAUCAAAUCAUAAAUGUCUGAUAUUAAAUAAAUGUUUAUUUACAAAGAAAGUGAUCGUACAAUAAUUAUUAUAGUACCCUAAUAAAUUUCGUACUUACUAAUAAUAAUUUAAAUACUACUAAAUUUAACAAAGGCUUAUAGUAAUAGUAACAAACAGUUUUUUUUCAAUAAUGUCUAUAAUAUGGAAUAGAUUUAUUUUUAAAACUAAAACUAAAAUAGCAUCAAUUAAAAUAGAUUAUAAUUUUAUUAUGGUCAAGACUAGAAAUAAACCUAAAGAUAUUUUUCAAAGCCGAAAAUAAAAAGAAAACAAUCAUUAUUGUUUUGGUAGAAGACAGUGGACACCAAAAAGAAAGGCAAACAUUUGAUUAGCAAUAGCCACACAUUAUUUUAAAGUAAAAUUUUAAUCAGUCUUUAAUAAGGUUUACAGUUUACCCUUAUAGUUUCAUUUUUUCCUUAUCGAAACUAAUAAAUUAACCACUAAACACUUAAUUAAUUAAUAACUAUAUAUUGAUAUGUAAAAAUAUGAAAAACUUUAACAAAACUAAUAUGCUGAAUAAUAUUACAUUUAUAAAGUAAUAAGCGAAAUAAUCAUAUUAUGGAUAUUUGAGAAUUUCCAGAGUAGCUCUCAUUGAACCAAUUUCUGAUCUUGUAGACCUACCCUUUUCAAGAUGUGUUUCAGAAACUGUAAAAUUAGGUUAAAAAAAAAGGUGUAGAAUAAUCAAUUAUACCCAAUACAAGUAGGUACAUUCCAAUUUAAGUACAAUGUGGAGGUGAUUUGUAAUAAAAAAUAUACAAGGUGAUCAAUUUUGGGUGCUUCAGGGUCUAAGCUCAAAAUCAUCCUUGCAUACAUUUUUCAGUAUAUUUUGUUUAGUUUUGCACACAUUAAACAUAUAUCAAAGUUUUUUGCUUACCGAUUAUACGUUAUCAUUAAAAUUAUUGAUCGAUAUCACAUCAAAACGACAUGCCUAUUAUACAGGGUGUCUCCAAUCAGUCUGUACAGACUGCAACGGUAUGGAAAUAAAGCGAUUUAAUAAAAAAAAUAUCGUGGACCUAGAAUGAAUUGUUAUUGAAAGGGGUCGUGGCAAAUUAAAAUUUUUAAAUUUUAGAACUGUUAUCAAGAUAAAUUUUUUCAAACAAUGAAAUGCCAUUACUUUCUAACAAUGUACAUAUAGACAGACCUUUUAGAGUCACCCUAUACAAGAUAUUGGAUGUUACAUACAUAUAGAUACAUAUAGGAAUCAGGCACAAUAAUUAUAAUUUAUUUCAUAAAAUAAAAAAAUUAAAGUUGGAUAUGCAUUAAUAAUAUACAUAGUCGUCGAUUUCUAAACUAUAUUAAUUAAGAAUGUGCCGAAUGUAUUAUAUCAAUAAACAUUCAGUCGGGGCAAAUUGGGGAGCAUAGGAAAUUUAACAUUUAGAUUUAAAAUAUUGUCUUUUAGAUAAAUUUACGUUUCCUCAGUAUCAGACGGAGCGUCUAGAGCUGUGUGCACUGUAACGCUCACUCCUCUAUUGAUACUAACCGCAGGAUAAAAAACUCCGUAUAAAUCCCUAAAGGCUAUUACUCCUUGUGGUUCCUCAUUUACGUAAAACUGUAGAGUGUGAUGGUUCAGGUCUAGCAAUACUCCUAUAGUAGAGCCUACAUGGAUGCCACCUUCUACUCUCUGUUCGUGAGCUCCAGCAUGUUGAAACCAUGAUCUUUGACGGUCGAUGUACAUUGCCCAGC